CUAAGCGUUGCCGCCGCCGCCGCACUCCCCCCGCGUGUUUACCCGGCGCCGGGGCUGCCGAGUCGCGGGGCGAGAACGCGCGAGGUUUUAUAUUUUUUUACACCUCGUGUUGAUAUCCAGGUGAACUCUCGCCGCCCGCCCUGCUAACGUGGAAGUGCCGCAGCGUCGGCUGGCGGUUGGGCGCGCCAGGGGGCUGGAGCAGGGAGACACUUUGCGGGUUUCUCUCGCGUUCGUCGUCAGACUAAAAGUCUGACGAGCUUGGCGGGACACUUAAUCUCCAUUCCACAUUCCCAUGACGAGGCUCGGAUGCUGCUGACGGACGAGCGAGCGAUCGAUCGAAAGAGUCUCGCCUCUCCGUGCCGCCACCAUGGAGCCCGACGUCGCCCCCAUGUACUCGUCCUCCCCUCCCCCGCUUGAUGACGGUGCCAUCUCCGACGAGGAGGAUGACGACUUUGGCGACUUUGCCGACUUCACGGCCGUGGCGGCACACGAAGACGCCUUUCCUGACUUGGACGCCGGCGGGGGCGGCCCGCCGCUCCCGGAGUCCGAGCCUCCGCGCCGCCCCCCGGCGGGCGACUUCCCACCGUACGUGGCAAGCGGGCCGACGGGCGCGCGCGGCGGCGCUGCGUCCGACGUGCGGAACAACAACGACGGUGGCGUCGGCGGCGCGGUGUCUCGAGACGACGAUGGGCCGGCGACGAGGCCGCAGGACAAGGCGAGGCAGAGGCUGGGCUCGGCCAAGCAGAGGCUCGCGGCGAGCCCCGACAGCUGCCACAGCAGCGACGCCAGCAUGGAGAUGGAAAGCGCCAGCAGCAGCGGCAGCAGCGCUUCGUCGUCAACGGAGCGAGCGGACGGCGGUAGCCGUGUGGCCUCGCGCGAUCCGGGCCUGGUGAAUGGUUUUGACGCGGGGCACCCUGCCAAGGGGACGGCGCCAAGCGAGGUGCACGAGCAGAGCUCCGACAUCGCGACGACGAUGGCCAGGAGGAGGAGAAGCGUGGAGCCCAGCCCGGCCUCCACGCCCUGCGCCAGCCCUUGCCCCAGCCAAGACGGUUUUGGUGACUUUGAGGAGCCAGGCGCCGAGCCUAGGCCCCACCCGGCCAGCGAAACGACUGCGGCGUCCUUAGACGGUUUUGGAGCGCCGGAGGCCAAUGGCACGUGGGGAUUGCCAGACCCGGCAGAAUCACCACUGGGCUCCGGUCAAUUUGCUGACUUCGUUGCCUUCGCCUCCCCCUCCCUGUCCACGCUACCGGACGGCGAGGAAGCGGCCCCUGGCGAUGUCAUCACUGAAAGUGAGCGCACAGCGAGAAGCACUGUCGGAAGCGGAGCGGAAGCGGACACACGGGAGACCGUGGACUCGGACGAGGGCGAGCCGCACACCGCCACGUGCUCCGCCGAGGUCGACGAACGCUUAGAGAGUCGGGCCGGUACUGCCGACACUCUCUCGGCCGUCGAAGACACGGAGUUUGCGGAUUUCAGCAGCGCUGCCUUCAUGGGUGGGGACGAUGUCGUCGCCGCCGCCGUUGAUGCCGAGAGAACUUGCCCGUCGGUGUCCGACGAUGCGAGCUGCUCGCGUGUUGCGGCAGCCAGAGACAAAAGCCAUCCUCCCUCGCACCUGGAACAACCCGGCGCCGAUGACUCCUGGGCAGGCAUCUGCGCCGAUGAGGGUGCUCCGACGAGGACGCCGCCUCUCACCGCCCCAGCAGAGUUCCCACCCAGUGACAAUGGCGCCGAUGGUGCGGCUCACUCCGCAGACUCGGAGCAAAUGCCCGCGGAGCCCUGUAGCACACAGGAGCCGCCCACAAACCUUGAAGAUGCCGAUGAUUUUGACGAUUUUGACGUGGCCGUGACCGCCACUGCUGGUGCUGCUGCUGCCUCUACUGCCCCUACUAUGCUCUCGGAAGAGCCGACGGGUGCCGGAGACGAGGAAGAGUUUGCCGAUUUCUCGGCGCCAGCUCCGCAGCAGUUGAGCGCAGAUGACGCUGAAGGGGAGGAUGAUUUUGGCAGCUUCAGAGAGGCGUCCGCGGCCAAGUCUCCCGCCUCCGAGGACGAUUUUGGCGACUUUGGCGCCGCCGUCGUCGCUGUCGCAGAUGGAGACGCGCAGGGCUCGCUCGCAGCCUCAGACUCGGCUGAGUUUGGAGACUUUGCGAGCGAGCAGGCGGCCGGGGCCGAUGGUGGCUUGAAGGACGGCGAUGGCUUCGCGGACUUCAGCCGUGCACGGAGUCCCCUGGGUAAGGAGGGUGAGGCACAGCAGCAAGACGAAGAGGAGGGUGGCUGGGCUGCGUUUGGGACGGCGCAGAGCAGCGAUGAGUUUGGGGCGUUUGGAGAGGCGCCCAGCGCCAGUGGUGGCACGGAUGGUUUUGAGUUUGGCCAGGGAGGAGCAGCAAGAGCCGGUCCAGCCGCUGCGGCUCCCGCUGGUGUCAGCACGCCGUCCCUGCUGCAGCGCGUGUUCCAGGCGUGCUUCCCGUGCCCCUCGCUGGCGUGGGCCGAGGAUGCUGUGGUGCCCCUCCGGGAGGUCAUGGUGAGCGCCCCCCAGGGGGCCGAGGAGGAGGUUGCCCACCACAGGCCGGCGUUGGCCCUGUGGGCGGAGCUGGUGGAAACGGACGACGCUCACGGCCUCAGGUACCAGUGGGGCGGCUCCCACACCAACAAGAGGCUGCUGUCGGCGCUUGGCAUCGACACGCGCAACAUCCUCUUCACCGGGCAGAAGAAGCAGCCUGUCAUUGUGCCGGUCUACGCCGCCGGCCUGGGCAUGCUGGAGCCCACCAAGGGCCCCAUGAACCCCAUCUCUGCGGCCGAGAAGAUCGCUUCCAUCGCGCAGGGCUCGGGCACGGCGAUGCCGGGCGGCGCCGGCAGUGCCGGCGCCGCAGCGUCCGGCGAGAGUGUUCAGGAGGGCGUAGCGGCCGCGCAGUUCGACUGGAGCGGCAGCGGCCUCAAGAACCCGCUGGACGCCAACGGAGCCUCCAGCACCCUUAAUCUCGAUUUCUUUGGGCCAGCGGACGAGUGGACGGGCGCCAGCCAGGGCGCGUCCAUGCCAGGCGUCGACCCAGAGCUGUUUGAGCUGACCACGGCCAAGAUGGAGUCUGCGAGCACGGUGAGCCGAGUGACGGACGCCAUCGCGCGCCUCAUGUCCACGGCCGACAAGACGCUCACCUCGGCGCGGAGGCCGCGUCGCGAAGAGAAGCUGAGCGGCGAGGCCCUGUCGGUCAUGGCCUCCCUUCCUGACCUGUCGUUCAUGCGCGCCAAGGUGCUCAUGUUCCCGUCCACGCUCACGCCCACCGCGCCAGCUUGCGGCGCGGUGGGCGUGGACGGGCCCUGACCCCUCGCUCGCUCAUCCGCCUGCCCGCCCGCCCGCCCGCUCGCUCAAUCUCUGUGCCCGACGCCAACGCCAAAACCACCGCGGAAUCGUCUGGGAAAGAGCGAGCCGGUCGGUGCCGGGGAGUUCUGUGGCGGGCGGUCGGGCGGGCAGAGACGGACGAAGUGAGAAUUGACCGAACGUCGCAGGAUCCCCGUCGGGUCAAUGAGUGAACUACUGUAUGUAGAACAUACGAGAUUGAUCUUUGUCUCCCGUCGCAGUCGUUAAUUGUAGUUUGAGCCGCGACGGACUGCGGCAGCUUGCACAUGUACACAUAAACCGAUGUAUCAUAUUGUUGUUUGGUAAGGGGAGGGGUGUGUGUGUGUGAGGUGGGUUGUGAGUAGUUGUGGCGAGAGAGCCUUCACCCUGAACACCCCCCCGCGUGGUGAGUCUGGGUCGACCGCUUGCACUUGACGUCCGCGCGUACUCGCACGCGGGGAGGGGGCGGUGGAAGCGCCGGCGGCCGCGUUUCCUAUUCCCUGUAGCGAAACUGGCGGCACGCGUGCGUGCCGUCUCUCCGCUUGUCCGAAUACAGCGAGCGCCGUUCGGUUUUAACUCCGCCCGCGGGAAACUUCCUCGCGAACCGCCAGGAGAGGUCGCUCACCGCACUCCUCCGCGUUAGGGGACGGUGAACCGGCGGCGGUUGACGAUCGUUUUAUUUAAGGGGCGUCGCUUUUUAGCAACCGAUUUGAGGAGCGCGGUAAUCGCUCGAGCGUGGGCCCAGCCGGGUUGGCGGCCCAGCCGGGUUGGCGGCCCAGCCGGGUUGUCGGCGUGCGUGCUGAGUUGAGGCCUUCCAGCGACACUGGCAACAGCGCUUUGAUUGGAAGACACUUUGCAACUCCAGGUGGUGAAAUGAGAUCAUCGCGUUUACACAGACACGAAACUUAACCCUACCUUUUACCUUCGCUGUUAACACCAAGCUUUACCGACACCUAAACCGGCUGACGCCAAACCUUACUCUCGCGCUAGGACUGAGCCGAGCGGUCUUUUUAGUUUCGGUUCUGAGCUUUUGCCAGCGUUGCCACAUUCACAAAAAGCCCUCGACUCGCUGUGAAAGGGUACUGCAAGUAGUGGACACUAACUACAGCUGACUGUAAGAUGAACCUGAGCCUGGACUCCUGAGUGAUCCUUGUACUGAGAAUGGGCCUGCCUGGCCCUGAAUGGCGACUGUAGAGAAGUUCAGUGUUGGCUUAACCGAGUGGAACUUGCCGAGUGGGUGAAGUAACCCGCUACUGCCUGGUUUUAUGGAGAAACCACAGUCGCAGGUGACGCACCACACGCACCCGGGGUGGCGUGAGUUAGCAGCGGUGGCUUCGUCAUCGCUUCCUUUGGCAGAUGGCAGCCGAGCGUCGGCGCCUUGGUCGUCACACCCGCGGGGUACCGGUUGAACUCCCUGCACGCGUCGCCUGCAUCGAUAAAUCAGUCCCAGGGUAGAGUUUGUGGCCUCGGCUGGACCCACGAGCCGCCACUCGCCACGCCCCGAGCUGCACGCCGGCAGCGUUGCCAACCGCAAGGUGCAUUUGCGGACGCUCCUUGUAAACCUUGCUUCCUUUAAUGGGUCCAAAUAAUGCGUCCAUUCGAGCACCUGUACAUUUUACAUGAAUUAUCUUUUCCAAAAAAAGUAACCGUCCAACCCAGCGGGGGUCGGGGGUGUGGGUGGGGAUUCUCGCGAUGUUCUGCGCUCGCUCGAUACCACGCACAAGGCCCCCUUUGCUGCUCGACAUGGACACCCAUGGAUAAUUCACCCCCCACUCACCCCACCCUCCAAACUUCUAAAUUAUUCCUACUCUUACGACUUUUAACAAAUGUCAAAGGCGUAAAUGAGUGCCAUUCUUUACGUACUUGUCAUGUUCCUAAAUUAAGCGAUUGGUCCGUUUGAAAAAAAAAAAAGAGGCCUAUCUGUGUGCUCGACAACCACGUGGGUGGAUUGACGGGGCCACGCGUUCUCUGGGAUGUUACGACGCUCGAAUCGUCGACUCAAUUCUUCUCUUGCACUCGCGUGUAUCCGAUUUGCGUGCGUGUAAUAAUUGUUUCAGAUUCGUUGCAUUUCGCGAUUGGCUCACGGGAGGAGAGGGUAAAGCUCCGAUGCGUGCACUGUAGGUGUGUAACGGUUUGCCGCUCGAUAUACGCAACGAGACUAGCGUCGAAUCGCGCGCGUCAAGACUCUGCUCUUACUAUGCAUAACGACGAUAUGCAAAGUUCGCCACAUCGCGCGCGGAACAAAUGACAGAACAAGUGACACCGUGUAGAUAGUAGAAACAUGACACAGCACAAACUAGACAGACUGAGAUAAUAUGUAAUUGGUUGUCCGAUGUAAUGGUGACGGAAUCACGACGUCCACGUUCCAGGGGAACGAGUCGUUACAUGCCUACAGUGCACCGUGGCGGGGGUGUGGGGGGACCAAGUGGGAGAGGGUGGGGUGGGGAACCAAGGGAGGGGGGGACCAAUGUGUGGGUCUAAUUGAGCGGUGGAUGGGAUGGAUAAUUACAUCCCCACUGGCCCUUGCGAUGAUCUAAAAUUCCAGCACUGUUCAAUGUCCAUUCCUGCCGCCUGGUGGCGCUGUGACUGCGUUUCGCUUUCGAGCGUUGCCUGUCGGCUAAAAAAAACGACGCCAAUCGGCAGCGUUUGCCCAACCCAGGCCACGCACUACACGACGAUUAUCCUGCGGAGUGGGGGGGCAGGGGCGGCCCGGAAAAAAAAAAACACGCGGAGGGACGAUGCUCAGACGCACGUGAACGUGGCCCUAUGAACGCGCACCGUAUUUAUUGCUGCGUAGUAGAACGGGAGUUGGGAGGUAGAGUUGGCCGAGUCGGCGUUCGUCGCGUCUGAAGCGCCUUCACUCGCCGCGGCGUGUUCGCGGUCGCGCAAGGGGGCGCCGAGUCACCGGCCCUCGGCAAGGGAGGGAAUGGCAAAUUUUUAACCGGCGGAUCCGCAACCCGGAUAGUCCGCCCACUGACAACCGGGGGUUGGCCGCACCUCGUCGUCCCCUCGGUCGUUGGCGGCCCUGUGCCAACGCUGUCGCCUUCGCACCGCCGCGCGGUUCGCUCGCGGGGCACGGGGGCCGCAGCGGCGGCGGCCGUGGUCACCGUUGCUGGGGUUCUGUGCCCUUUUCUUUUUCGGUCUUGGCCACAAUCCUAACCAUGUCGUGGCAUUAACCCUAACCCGGAUUCUUACACUAACCAUAGCUGCAGCCAUAGCAUUAACCAAAACCACUACCUUAGCAUUAACCCUGUUACUAAUCAUAGCCACAUCCUAACCAGCCCCGAAUACCAAAAGUGACCAAAUGCCUCUCCCUAAAUUUAGCCACAUCCCUAACGAUAUUCCUGAUCCUAACCACAUUCCAACACCCUAACUUUAUCCCUAAUACCAACCUUAAUCACACCCCCAUUAUCACGAACUUUAACCACUUCCCUUAACAUGAGCCAUUACCUCAUCUUAAUGCAAGUCCUAAGACGAGCAAAUAUCCGUAGCUGGAAGCCUUAGGCCGACCUCCACCCAUAGCCUCAGUCCUAACUCAUUCAUGUAAAGUACAUUGAAGUUGGCAAUUCAUGUGUUGUGUUAUAAUUGAGAAUUAAUUUACUGCCAGACAAUGCAAGUCACGUCUCGGUCGUGCAAGGGACUUGGCUGUAACAGAAUUCCACGGUCCAAGGGGUGAUAACCACUGCGGGGAGUCGAACCCCCUCACACUCGCGCGAGUGUGAAACGGGUCCUCCACACGGAGCAACGGGAGAGAGGGGCCAUGUGGACGUGGCGACAGCACCAGAGCCACGAGAGCUCACGGAGCCAGUCCACGUGGCCCGUUAGCAGCUGGGGCAGGGUUGGGGCCCAGGUUGGGACUUGUCGCUGGGCCUAGGAGGGGUGGUGUUGGCCGUGAGCCUCGGUGCCGGCUUCAGAGACGAGCAGUUCGGCGUACGAGUUCCUGGGCCGCGGUGAAAAUCGGUAACGGGCAGAUUUGGCGGUAAUUUAUUUGUAAGGUCAGUAAGAGUAAAUUAUGUCACGUAUUUAUUCAUUUGACGGCACAAUUCGCUUUUACUAAAAACCCACCACUAAGGUUUUGCCACUCAUGGAAAACAUUUCAAGCUGUAGAGGUGAACAUCUGAUGUGGGCCCACGGACUCCGCGUGUUGUAGGCCCCGCCACCCACCGUGCCUUUCUGGCCCUUUAAAUAGGCGCACUUCAGUCGCAGAAAAUUCUCCGCCAUUGUCAUCGGGCUGAAACGGGGUGAAUAUUUGUUCUUGUGUCCGCAACGAAAGAAACUUAACGAGUCCAAAAAGUGGACGCGUGUUGGCUUUGAACUCGCGAGUGUUCUUGUUAGGGGUAGAGAUAGGGUCAGCCCAAACCCACGUGGUGUUAUGAGUCCAACUUUGAAUCCAUGUUUUAUUUACAUUUGGGUUGCUCGUCUCUUUUCAGGGAAGUGUCUCUCGCCGUCUCUCCGUUCGUCUCCGCCUGUCAUCUUAUUUCAAUCGCGUCGACGGCACGCGUCUCCCCGUCACUGAUUCUGCGAUCGUCGUCGCGUUACUCGGUCGUUCUUUUGAUUAACAGUCAAUUGAUGUGAUGGUAAAAUGAUUGUGAAAUGGAUAGGAUGGAGACAAGUGUGCAAGUCCUUUACGCAGAAUUUCCUCUGCUCGCACCCAGAAUAAACUUGUACGCGUCCUUCUUGUUGUCAAACAAAGGCGUUUAGAAAGCAGCGAUUGAAAAUUGAGAAAUAUGCCACACCUGAUGAAUUCCAUUAAUUAAUCCGGGUCUGACACGGAUGCUCCUAUGAACACGUGCACACAUCACAGCACACCCAAUCCUGUAGGCCUGUUAAGGAGAAAAUUACUUUAAUGGGGGGAAAAAUGGGAAGUUAACUCUACUUUGCCGGAGGGUGAGGAUUAAAAUAUGGCACUUUCUCCUACCUCUCGGAGAGCGAGAAGUGUGGUUCAAUCGUCGGCGCUAUCGGAUGAGCAGCCACCACAGACGGCAACACCCCAGCCCUGGACUCGCAGGAGCCGCCCGUCCCACGGGAGAUGUCCCGGAACAGGGCCCUCUCCGAAUGGAGCUGUACAUAGCGAAUGCGUGAGAGCGGCCAGCUGUUUAUAUCCUUGAUGACGCCAUUGUAAUAUGUACAUAGAUUUCGAAUCGGGUGCAAUUUGAAGGUGGUGGUGGUGGUGUUGGUGGUAGCGAUUGAACGACAGUAUGCGUAGUUUAUAAUAUGUAAUUUAACAAACAAACAAAAUCCAGCUUAAGGGAAGACUUGAUCCGAUGAGCAAACAUCUCUUGUGAAACCGCGCCUUGGGCUGUCAGGAGUAGGAAUCUUUGGUAAAGAUAAAAAAACCUCGUUAAAUGGAAACGUCCCCCCCCCUCACCAUUUUUGAGCUCUAGUGAUAUCACAGUGAACUCACCGACGUCACAGUGACGUCUCUGUAAUAUCACCUGUGCACGAAUGGCAUUGACGCAGGUGACCAUCACCGUCUUUUCUUUUUUGACUUUCUCGUCGACGAAAAUCCCAAACUGGUCGGGCAGCCUGAGCCCCACAGCCCCGGCGGGUAUCUACCGCAAGAGCUGCCUGUCAGAUGGCCCGCGUCUUCCUCGAGGGCAAGCGCGAUUGUUUUAGUUUGAACACUGUAGCAGGUCCGACGUCUCCCCCUUUGCCUGCAUAAGUGUGACUGCUGCGCGCGUGUCAGCCCAGAGGCGCUGCUGCGGAUUAUUUAAGAUGCUUUACGUGAAAUGCCCACGUGUCUGUCUCGCUAUUUACAACAGGGUUUCUGUAAUGUUUCAUUUCGAACUUGUCAAAGACAAACUAGUUGGGCACUUCGAGGGCACUUUACCAUCUGCUUUGUAGAUAAACUGGCAAGGUAUUAAAAUUUCAAAUAAAAUAUUCUAAUAUA